GUACAAAUGACUUCACUCAAUGGACUCGGAGCAGUGACUGUUUUGGCAUGUUUUAACACAUUCUCUGAUGAAACAUGGUUCAACUCCGGUUCUGUUUAGUUUAGAACCGAAAAUUGUAAAAAAAAGAACUAAUCACGUUGUCCAUUUUAAACUGCAAAAGAGUCGAAUUGAUAUUUCUGAUGACGUCCAGUAUCCAACGAAAAUGAUGACUGUCCGAUGCAUUCAGAGAUAAACUUAAUUUCUUUUUAUAAAUUCUUAUUUUACAUUUUAAUGUAAAAAUAAAUUCCUUAGAGAUAAAUAACGGUCAGACUGAUGCUACCAGUGAAAUGAAAUUUAUAUUGCCUUUAAUUGAUUCCAAAAUGUUCCUUGUCCUCGAAACUAAUACAAAAUCCAUUUCAGGACUAAAAUUAUCUUUUUUUAAAUCUGUCUGAGACUUAUUUGUUUGCAGUUCAGUUUAGACCCAGGAACGGCUUGUCCGAAAACAGAAUAUGGUUGGACGAAAUGGAUGGCAAUGGAUCUAUGCAGUAGUGCUGGGAAACAUAAAGAUUUCGUAGGAAUCGAUCCUAACUAGUUCCGAAGUUUUCUAGAAUCUGAUAGUAGGUCCGGAAUCAGUUUCCGGAAUCGAUUCCGGUAUCGGAUUUAGCUAUGAAAUCAGAAUCUGUUUCGAACCGGAGUCGGUUUCGGCAUGUCCAUAAGAAUAGGCGUUUGGGUUCAAUGAUACUACGUAUUGAUACCCGAAAAGAAUCAAAAUUUACUUAUAAACGAUCCUUUCUCAUGGUGAUUCUCGAAGUGAUUUCGCUUCUGAAACUUCCUAUUUCAAUUCAAGAACUAAUUCUCAUUCCCAACCUAAUUCAAUUUCUGGAGUCAAUUCUGAUUCCGUUACCAGAGCAAAUUGCGAUUCCCAGGUCGAUUCCAAUUCCUGAGUCGAUUCUGACUCCGGAACCGAUUCCGAUCCCGGCUCCGGAGUUAACUCCAGAAUCAGCUCCGGAUAUGACUCCGAAAACAGCUCCAGAAUCGGUCCCGGACUCGACUCUGGAAUUGAAUCCGGAAUCGACUACAGAAUUGGAUCCGAAAUCGGCUCCCAAAUCGGCUCCGCAAUCGACUCCGGAAUCGAAUCCGGAAUCGAUUCCAGCAUCGGAAUCGGUUCCGGGAUUGAUUCCGAACACGGAAUCGGCAUCGGGUAGGUCCGAUUCCGAGCUCCCACCACUACUAUGCAGCAUCUAAAAAUGAAAAUAACAUGAGCAUUUUUGCUCUGUAAACCCAUAUUUUUUUUUGGCAAAAGGUCCGUUCCUUUCGCUACAUCGGCCACAAUUUCUUUUUUUCAAAAAUUAUUGCUACUUGGGUAACGGUUUUAAUGACAUCUGCGAUUUGAAACGGUUGACGUUUUCUCCUUGCAUUGCAAUUGUUUGUUUACCAUCAGUGCCGCCGGAUUCCGCCUGCGAUGGAGAACGCACCGCAGCAAACGGUUUCUGUUUGUCGGUUUUGUUUGUGCGAGGACGCAGAAAAACUCAUCCCAGUGCUGGAGACAAUCAAUCCUACGCUUACAGUUGACGAUGUGGAACACUGCACCGGGCUACAGAUCGCAACGGACGACGAGCUAGCUUCCUGCGCAGUUUGCCUCGAAUGUACGGACGCACUGAAAUGUUCGGCCGACUUUCGCCGUACCUGCAUGUACAAUGAUUCCCUGUACAAAGAGAUGCGGUUAACGCGGCUUACUAAAACGGACGAUUCAUGCGCCUUCGAUUUGGUGGAAGAGUAUUUGGAAAAUCCGGACGAGACUGCUGGCGAGCUGCAGGCAGUUGCCCUGAAACCGGACCAAGAAAUCAAACUCGAAUACGUCGACGAGGAUGAGAUUUACGGGAGGGCUAUACGAGUGUUAUCGACCCAUGGUGAGGUUGGCUACUCUGCCAACUACAUUGAACCUGGCGAAACGAACCCGGAAAGCGAUGAGGCGUACUAUGCAACACCUCCAGCGAAUAUACCGAAGUACCAGCAAAGCAAAAAAGCUACGCACACCAGCAAAGAACGCAGAGCGCAGAAAAUGAAGCGAAAAAAGUCACUGUGCGAUAUGUGCGGCUCGAUCGUGAUCAACCUGCAGCGGCAUACGCUAAAUCACACGCAGGCAGUAAUGCACGGCUGUCCCUACUGUCCCAUCAAAAUGACGCAGAAAACCAACAUGGUGCAGCACAUUGAAACGGUGCACUUUAAAACGAUCGGCAAAACGUGCUGCAUUUGCGGGAAGGGCUUCGUGCAUCACAAAACGUACAGCUAUCACAUGCGUUCCCAUCAUGGCGAUAUCGACACGCACGAGUGUAAACUUUGCGCUAAAACAUUCACCCAUGCCAGCGGACUGAAGCAGCAUAUUAGAAGGGCUCACAGUACUUACAGCCUAACGGAAUAAUUGUAUCAGAUGGAAAACGCUGCCGUAUUACCACCAGCAGAUCAUCUUCUUUGAGAACUUUGGAUUAUUAAUUUAUUUUGUACGAAACAGAACCAACAAACUAGAUAAGUAAAUUAAUUUUAUAUUAAUCCAAUAA